ACUAGGAUUCGUGCGGAUGGUCGUCUGGUGCAAGGCAUUCUUGCUCUCUGGUCAAUCACGCUGCCCAAUACGGCUCGAUAGCACGCAUCAGCCGCGCCCGUGUGGCGCGCAUAAUGCAGCAUCAAUGGUGAAGGGGCUCGAGCUCGUGGAAGAGGUCGAGGCUGCCGCAGCCCCAUCUCCAAGCGAUGCGCUGCUGGAGCUAGCGGGACUACGCACCGCCACGCGACUCACGCAACUCACCUACGAAUGCGACGCGGGCAGAGUGAUCGUGUCGGAGUAUGUUGCGCUGAAACACCAGCGCGAUGACGCUGCCGACGUGUGCAGGAUUUGCCACGGACCGGGCACGGUGCGGCCCGCCGACGCCGACGACGAGACCGGCGCGCGGCUGCUGCGCGACACGUGCCGCUGCCGCGGCUCGAUCGGCCGCGUCCACGAGGAAUGUCUCGUGCGAUGGUACGAGACAGCGGGACUGCCGCCAGAUCCGCGGUGUCCAACAUGCAGAGGCCCAUUCCGCAAUGAAGGCGGGCUUGUGCUGUCGCGGCGGCUGGUUGCGCACCGUCGAUCCCAAGCGGCGCAGCGCACGACGCCGGAGACGCCUACGGAUCUCGCGCGGCGCCGCCACGCCGAGAUUACGCAGGCCACAGAUCUCUGGAGCCGCUGCGACUACAAGGGCGCGAAGAAAGCAUUCGAGGCCGCCCUCGAUGAGAUACGGCGAUCCCACGGCGGCGACGACGCCAAGCUGCGGGGCGAUAUCUACUACGUGACUGCGACGCUAAAUUUGGCCCUCGUCGAGCUGGCGAUGGGACACCUUGACGCAGCCGAGCGAGGAGCGCGGUGGGCGCAGGAGGCGUUGUCGGGGUCGGACCAAGAACUGAGAGCGACACACAACCUCGCAUUGAUAUUGGACGAGCGCGGCCUCGUUGCCGAGGCGGCGGCCCUCUACGAGGACGUCCACUCGACACGCCGCGAGCAAUUGGGCGCGGCGCAUCCCGAUAGCCUACGGACGGCAUGUAACUUAGGGCGGUGCUAUAACCGACUCGGGAACACCGACGCUGCCGUCGCCCUGCUGACGGAGACGCGGUCCGCGGCGCUAGCUUCGCUGGGCGACGCCGACGAGCUGACGCUGGCGGCGUCUCACAACUUAUCUGAGACACGCGCGGCCCGUGGGGAAUUUGCCGAAGCGCGAACCCUGGCGCUAGCGUCGCUGGACGCCCGCCGACGUGUCUGCGGCGAGCAGCACAUCCACACGCUCCGGUCGACCCUCGAUCUCGCUCGCUUGCUUCGAGCCGACCCCGCGGGCGCCGACGACGAGGCCAUACAACUCUGUGCGUCGGCGGCGACCGGCCUCGAGAAACUUCUCGGCAGAGACCACUCCCAGACCACCCGGGCGCGGAACCUACUUGAGCAGUGGCGCGGGGCGCCGCCACCAGCGGCCCCGACCGCGCACGUGGACGACGGCCGCGAGCGCAUUGCCUUGCUCGAGGCGCUGGACGUCGCCGGCGAGCGGAAGCACGCUGUGCUGGACGCGCUCGUCGCGGUGCUGCGCGAGAGAGGCGUCGCCGCACUCGUCGCGCCGCUCGCACAAAACGACGCGCUCCGUAGCGACCGGACCUGGGACGCCGUGAUCGGCGUCGCCGACCUCGACGGUGGGACGCGGUUCGCGCACCGGCUGAAUAUCUAGACUAAUGUUUGUUUACAAGUGA